AUGGUGAUAAAAAGACCAGAUUCUUCCACAUCUCUACCCUUAAACACAGGGCUACAAAUAGAAUUGGUGAUAAAAAUAAUUGACAAUGAGGAUGAAAUAAGUAGAGUUGUUGUUGAGUUUUGUGCUGAUCUUUUGAAGAAAGAUACGUUGUUGGACUCGGAGGCUCAGAAUAUGUUGGUUGAUACUAUACCUAAAAUUCUUUCUGAGAGCCAAAAUCAUAAUCUUGGUGCCAUUCCUUCUAAGGAGGAGAUUAGGAGUGUUGUCUUUUCUUUUGAUGGUAGUAAAGCUCCAAGUCCUGAUGGCUUUCCUAUGUUUUUCUUUCAGCACUUUUUGGAUGUGGUAGGGGAAGAUGUGUCCAAUACUGUUAAAGAAUUUUUUGGAGCUAGAUCUCUAUUGAAGGAAUUGAAUUCUACCUUCAUUGUCCUCAUUCCUAAUAAGCAAGGAGUUGAUUCUUUGGAUGCUUUUAGCCCUAUCAGCUUGUGCAAAUCCUUCUACAAAAUUAUUUCCAAGGUCCUUACAUCGAGGUUGUUGGGUGUUCUUCCUCUUCUAAUUUCCCGUCAACAAAAUGGCUUUGUGCUAGGAAGAUAG